CUCAUCAAAAAUGGCGGAAAAUGUUGGAAGCGACUCGAGCGAACUCGGAAGCAUCACUUCUUCCCAGCAAUCUUACCUCAAGAACUGUCCUUUCGCCGGCCACGAAGCAACUCCGACGAAUUCUGACAACACCGAGGUCCUCAGUAACAAGAGUUCGCCGGCGGUUGUUAAAACUCCGGUUCUCUCGUUCUCUUCUCCGACCAGCCUCGAUUCCAUCAAAGAUGACGUCUUUCGUACUCCUCCUGAGAACGCUUCUCCCUCCUCUGCCGCUGAUUCGGAACCUGGAGUUAGGGUUUCUGAGAUGAAAUCUCAUAAAGGUUCGAAUUUUAAAUCUCCGUAUUCUAAUGCCGAGACGACGCUUCUCUCUUCUCCACCGUCGGAAAAUUUUAGGGUUUCGCAGUCGAAUUCGAAGUCUCCGUCUUCUACGGCCGCGACGACCCCUGUUUCUGCUUCACCGUCGGGAAAAGUUAGGGUUUUGGAGACGAAUUUGAAAUCACCGUCCUCUACGGCUGAGACGACGCAUGUCUCUGCUCCACCGUCGGAAAAAGUUAGGGUUUCGGAGUCGAAUUCGAAAUCUUCGUCUUCUACGGCUGAGACGACGCCUGUUUCUGCUUCACCGUCGGGAGAAGUUAAGGUUUUGGAUACGAAUCGUCUUUUUGCUUUUGUGGCUAAUAAUGGAGCUCUCAAGUCUCCUCCUGAGAGAGUUGUUAAUCUCGGUUCUGCAUCUGCAAUUGAAGGGAUCAAGGUCUCUGAAACGGAAGACUCUGGUGAAGUUAUACCUUUCAGAGAAAUUAUCGAAGCCCUUCUUCGUAACAGUGGAGAGAAGCUUGAUGAAAGAGAUGAAAUUGUCAGCUGUGUUGACAUUCUCAAAAGUUUUGGUUUGAAAUUCCCCUAAAUGGUUACUGAUUUAGUAAGUCUUAUUUGCUUUUUUUGUACUGUUGCUUCAACUACAAGUAA